AUGGUAGAGUUAUCAUUAGAUGAGAUUACUUUGAUUGAGAAAUACCCUCUAAGAUCACUCGAUCGCUUACGUGGCUUGCUUCAAGGGACAGAGCAGCCUCACUUGGAAUCCUACGAUGGUGUUGCUGGUGAUCCCGAUCAAACAGAUCAAAUGAAAAUAUCGAAGGUUCUAAUUGCUUUGAUGGAUGAAAAGGCAGCCUAUAAUCUCCGUCCACCAACAAGCAGCCAGGAUGUCAUAUCAGAACUCGCGAAAUUAUUGACUUGCCUUCGAGAAAGCAACUACAGCUAUGACCAUUACCAACCACUCGUCCAACCCAUCAUACAAAGCGCACCCGACACCGACAUCUGGAAAGCUGUCUUCAACUUCAUCACCUCGGUCACACAUGCUGAAAGGUCCACACCUCCUCCCAGGUCAUCACUGCCUAUUCUACAGACCCCGCGCUCGCGCAACACCAGCAGCCUCGCCAACUCAUCUGAGCUUCGAACAAACAUUGAUCACAUGCUGAGGGAGGAACUGUUGGGAGACCUUCAUGCGGAUAUUCCUGGGUUUUAUGCUGCUUAUUUUGAUGAUAUCGAGGGGCUCAGAUCGACCGCGCAGACCGUGUUUGAGAACUGCAAGUCUGGUGACAGUCCCAUCUACAGCGAGGAGAGUGGAUGGAAGGAUUGGCCUAGCAAUGCAGACGAGAAGCCUGUACUGGACUGGCUAACUGAAACCAUCAACCAGCUUGUGCAGUUUGCGGAAGAUCACAAUCCAACUAGAACAGUCGUCCGCAGGCCAUUGGCCCAGCCUGCUCAGCCGAUUGCCGGAUCCAUCGCAAAGCGAAAACUCGACAUUGGAUUUGUGGAUGAUCCGGGUGCCACACAGGACAAACAGUGCAAGUGGUCACAGAUCCUGGUGCCGGGAGAACUGAAGAAUGACCGAAAGUAUGACAUGCCUUCUGGGGCGAGACUCGAUCUGGCCAGAUAUGCCCGAGAAGUGCUAUCCGCGCAGGACAACCGCCGCUUUGUCCUUGGUUUCACACUGUGCGGGCCGCUCCUGCGCGUCUGGGAAUUCGACCGUUGCGGCGGGAUCGGCUCGGAGGAGAUCAACAUCAACAAGGAUGGCUUUCAGUUCAUCAUGGUGAUCCUGGGAUUCCUUUUCAUGGACCAACAGCAGCUUGGUUUUGAUCCGACCAUUGUCACAGUAGGCAGUCAGCGCUACAUUGAGAUUCAGCGCGAUGGUAAGAAGGAGCGUCUAGUGAUUGAUGAGGUGAUUCUACGGGCACGCUGUGUCGCGGGCCGAGCCACAACCUGCUGGAAAGCUCAUCGCGAAACAGACAAGUCGCGGAUCCCCCUGGUAAUCAAGGACUCUUGGCAGUAUCCGGAGCGCCAUGAGGAAGGGGAACUGCUACAAGAGGCGAUGGAGAGGGGAGCCACGCGCGUUGCUCGAUAUGAUUUCCACGAAACUGUCCAGGUGGACGGCAAGGACGAUGAUGUGCAUACUAUUCGAAAGGGUCUAGAGGUCACUACGUCGAAAUCCAAGAAGGGUAGCUUGCAGGUGGCCCUGAGGAGGAGUGCAUCUAAUAGAGGCUGUACCAGCCGAAGCAGCACCAUCGGGCAGAAACGGUCUUCUGAUUGUGUGGACACAAUACUUCGCUCUCCCCCCAGCAAACGUACCCAGUCCAGCUCUCCAAUAAAGCGUCCUGCACACAGUAGCCCUCCAAAUCGAGUGCACCGUCGCGUCAUUGUUCGAGAUUACGGGAAGCCUAUCUAUGAAAGCAGCUCAAGAGUGGCUCUACUUGUUGGAAUGGAAGGCUGCAUUGUAGGAUAUGAAUCCCUGUACUCCAAGGCUGGGUUGAUUCAAAGUGAUAUCUCGCCGCAAAAUCUUUUGGUCAAUGAAGAUGAUGACAACCCUUCAUGGCGGUCCUUCUUGAUUGACCUUGACCUUGCCAUCCGAACGCAACGCGACGGGUUCUCAGGAACACGGGGCAAGACUGGCACCAGAGCUUUCAUGGCGAUCGGUGUGUUGUAUGGGGAGAAGCACUCAUUCAUGCAUGAUCUUGAGUCGUUCUUCUGGGUGCUUUUCUGGAUAUGUGUUCACUACGAAGGCCCGGGUAAGAGCAAGCUUGUUGAGGAUUUUGAGGAAUGGAACUACAUGAGCACGGAAAAACUUGCCGGCGCAAAGAAAGGAUUGAUAAGUGAUGAAUCGGAUUUCCUUAGAAUUGUGGAUGACAAUUUCACUCCAUAUUACCGACCACUGGUCCCCUGGGCAAACAGGCUACGGCGGAUUGUGUUUCCAAACAGCGGACGAUGGAAAGAAAUAAACCCAAACCUAGGUUCAGAAAUGAGAAAAAUACUUCAAGAUGCACAGAAAGAUCCGGAGGUCACAGAUUAG